AUGGGGAAAGGCCGGGGUAAGUGGUGAGAGGAUUUCUGGAACGGGAAGCCAAAAGCCUUUCGUAAACAGGAGUGUAAAUCUCUUAAUCUUCCCUGGGGCUGUUUUUUGUCCUCAGGAUUUCCACACGCGGGAGAGGCCUGUCUACGAACAACAACAAUGCACCGCUCGCUCCUUCUCCCCGAUGGCUCGCUGGGCUGGAAGGGGGCUUUUCCUGCCCUAAGCUGGGCUGUGCAGCAGUUGCCCCCAGCCAAACUUCAGCCAGCGAUCGCCAGAGGCCCCGGCAGCCCGCCAAGGGCUUCCAAACCUCCCUUGCGCAAAACCAGAAUCAGCCGGUGCCUCGCACACAUGGGCAGAGCGCGCCGACUUGCAAGCAGCCAGAGAUGGGCCGGCGGUGCAGGGAGUUGGUGGAGGAAGAUCACGCCGAGGCGAAGUGCCCUGGGGACAAAAGGGCAUCGCUCGGGGGUCGAGACCGGCAGGGGAAUUAAGCCCCCACCCACUCCCGACCCCGCUUCCCUGCGUCCCUCCCCCGGCACGGGCGAGGAGAGCUCCGGGCGGGCGCCUUGCUGAAGAUGCCACUCCAGACUGCAGCAGUCCCGGGGACUCCGCGGCGGGAAGCAGCAGCGGAUGCGAGAGGUGCCCCCCGGGAGUAAGCGCGGCUCCCUCCGGGGUGAGUGGGUGGGUGUGCCAGCCAGGCCUGCCCUCGAGGCUGGGCACCGGAGCCUGGGCGGCCUCGGGCAAGCGGGGAGGCAUGCAUGGUGCGCCAGGCAGGCGGGCAGGCUCCGCACGCAGCGGCCGCGAAGCUUUGUCUGCUCCGGGCAGGAAGGUUUCCCGCUGCUCCCGCAGCCGCCGUAAGGCAACUCGCGGUCAGUAGCCGUGUGGCCCCGCCGCCGCGCGCUGUUCCUCCGCCGCUGUCCUUCCCUGCUCUGCGCGGGGCUCCUUAUUUCGCGCUUUUUACGCGGCCCGCUCCCCACAACUCCGGCCAGGUUUCUGCUCGCGGGGAGCCAUUGAGGAAGGCGCCAGAGCUGCCACCUGAACGAGCCAAUGACUACCAUGAAGCCACUGACUACCCCCUCGCCUUACGCUUCUGGGUAAAAUACUGUCCCCCCAAAACGUGUUCUUAUUGUGUCUGAGGCGGAAACCAGGGGAGGGUUUUCUCAUCCCUUUUUUGAUCAUUUAGCACUGCCUUUCUCCGCCUGGGUGCGGAACUUUUUUUCUGUCGAGGGCCACAAUCCUUGUGUUCGGGGUCGGGGGCGCAUGUUUUUUGGAGGGCAGCGUAGAAGCUAGCGCUGUGGGCGUGGCUACGGCAAAAGUGGGAGGGGCCACCCCUUGCCUCCCAAUCCCACCAUUUCCCCUUGUGUUUGUGACACCCCAUUUUUCUCUCUCCCUCUCCCUUCAUGCCUGGUUCCACCAGGUAGCCUUAACUUGCAAAGAGCUUUCGAAAUUAGGCUGAGGGGGCUGCAUGCCGGGGAAGUGUACAACCUGAUCAUUAACUCUGCAGUCUGCUACUCAGAUGUAAGAUCCAUCAAGUUGCGUGGGACUUUCUCCCAGGUAAGCAGGUGUAGGUGCCUUAAGGCACCAUGCAGGACACAGCCUGCCAUUUCACAUGCUGCAGCCUGUGGUUUAUUUUGAGAUAUUAAGCAUGAUAAUCUGUUACGAGACUGGCUGUUGCCAAGUAAAUGAACACAAGAGUACCUCUUGCAGACAAGAGACUUCCGUGGUGCGUAGCCUUGGAGUGAAGAGGCGCUUGCCAAGUAUUUAUUUUGAAAUUUUAUAUGCCUCUUUUCAGGGCUAAGUGCUCUGGAGAAGAUUUAUAUAAGUCAUAACAUCAACGACACUGCAAUAUAAAACUACAAUUUUAAAAGUAACUUGGCAUAAGUAACCCUAUUUCUACCUCUGAAUGUUGGAGGACAUGCAGUACUUUUUCAUUUAAGGCAGCUAACAGGUAGCCAUACUGAUACAGGCCUGUAUCCACAUUUACACAAAACAUCCCUGAGGGUUCAAUGUGGUUUUUUACUUAAUAAAUGUGUUUAGCAUAUACACAUAUACCUGGGAGUCAGUCCACUUGAACUCAGUUAUUAGACAUGCAUAGGAUUGCAUGACUGGAGAGCAAAACCCCUUGAAUUCGGUGGGAUUUUCUUCUGAGUAGACGUGCUUGGGCAAGGCAAAAAUGGACGGGUUGAGAACCAAGCAGGACUUUUGUAGGUGGGAUGGAGAGAGAAUCCUCCCUGUUCCUAAAUAAUUUCCCUUUAUAAAGCAAAAAUUUAUGUCCAAGAAAGCAUGCUUGCGAUCACAGUCCAGUCUUCAUUCAUGAUGCCCGGUCACCAGAUUUUAUAAAACGAAGUUUGAUCAUAGUAGUUUAAAUGAAACAAACCCCAUGGCGAUCAUGUAUGUGAUACAUUGGAUUUAGUAGGAAGGUGUUCAGCAGGACCAUUUUACACAUGAUCUAUGACCCCCAUAUUAGCUGUGCCCAUGUGAGAAGCAAAGGGAAAGAAGUAGAGGGAAGAGACACAUUUCAGCAUUCUCCUGAGGAUAAUGGUUUGAUAGUGGCUUAUUCCUAUGCGGAAGGCAAUUUUGUAGGAAUUACUAUAACAACAUGGGGAAGAUGGUAGGAGUGGGGCUUCUGCUGCGCCUACCCAUGCAUAAACAUAGUGUACAGCAAAGGAGGUCUGCAAAAUAUUAACAGCCUAUGAGCGGAUUGCUCAUUUCUGUCCAUACCAGAAAUGCCUUUGGCACAGGAAAUUAGUUAUGUUUUAAGAGAUAGGAAAAAUCAUGGAACACAAUGCCCCCGAGUUCUGAGUUACACACGUACCAAUAUUCAGCGGCCCAGAGUUGAUGGAAACACUUCUAUCUUUUGCUACGGAUAUGGCAGUAACUAGGAACUACCACAUAAAUUAUGUCUUUGUUGUUUAAGUCUCAUAUAUAUAUAUGAGAGAGAGAGAGAGAGAGGGAGGGAGAGAGGGAGGGAGAAAGAGAGAGAGAGAAGCCCUAGAUAUUAUGCUUUGAUGUGCUGUUUAAAAAGUGUAUUGGUCACAUACAACAAUUAUGCUUUAAUCGUUGCUCCUUUUUCUUUUUUAAAAAAGUAUCUCAGGACAUGUCUUAUGCGUUCAAAAACAGAAAUGAAAAUUCUCGUGUUUUUAUGUAAGGGUUGCGAUUGCAGACUUUUAUAAAUGGGCAGGCUUGCAAACACAUUAGAAGUGAUUUUCUCAGAUUUGAUAUUUGGCCUAAACCAUCAAGAGCAAGACAGAAUACUGGAUGGAGGAUCAUCUGGGAGGGGUGGGUGGGGAGCUAGAAUAAUUAAUAUCAUUCAUGUGACAAACAAGAGGACAGUAGUGGCCUGUAGAGCUCUGGCCAGUUUGCCUCUCUGACACAGCUCUCUUGUGCAGCCUUAGGGAAAUCCUUUAAACUGCUUCUUCUUCUUUUUCAAAGCACCAUGUAUUGAAUAUGUGCAACUUAAUAUAGCUUUCAAAGGGCCCAGAUUUACAGACAUUCUAAGCGUUUUAUGCUCCAUGGAUAUCUAGCCAAAUCAAGAACUGCUGUUUAUUUGCUGGUUAAAUACAUUUUUAUUUCACCCAGGAGCUCAGGAUGCCACACAUGCCCUCCUCCUUUUAUCCUCACAACAAUCCUGUGAAUCAGAUUAGGAUGCAACAUAGCGAUUGACCAAGAUGACCCAGUGAAUGAACCUCAUAUCUAAGCAGGGACAUAACAAAUUUUUAAAUGGCAGUAGGAGACCUUCCUAUGCAGUAAGUCUGAGAGUAGGUCUAACUCUGGGUGGUCCUACACAUGGCCUGAGGGCUCCAUGCGGCCCUCAAGUUCUUUUUUGGUGGCUUCUGCAACCAAGCGUGUGGCCCGCAGAUUCCGUGUCAAAAUGCUCUUGCCGCCCACUUGAUAGGAAAAGUUGGCCUGCCCUGGUCUAACUGAACUAUGGGACUUAUCAAUAAACAUGCAUUAAAUCACACUGUUAGCGAGUUGGGCCCUAAAAUGUAAAUAAUCUAAACAGAGUUGCCGCUAAUAAAAUGUUGGGCUUAUCUUCACUUUACUUCAAUCUCCCCAUCUGUGAAACUGGCACAUUCCUGUUGUGAUUUUAGUAAGGAAUGAACUACACGUUAUGUGUAGUUGUGUUAUUCCUUUAUACAACGAAGCUGCAGGUGCUUCAAUUUGAAGUGAAACACCAAUAAGGAAGGAAGAAGUGUGUGGGGAGGGGGAUGGAACCUCCCUUUUACCUCGUGCUGUUUUUCUACUGAAAAUUGCAAGCCUCUGAACUGCUAAUAAUAAUAAUAAUUCAUUAUUUAUGUCCCGCCCAUUUGGCUGAGUUUCCCCAGCCACUCUGGGCAGCUCCCAAUCUUAACCCCAAUAGGAAAAAGGUAUUUUGGACAAAAAUUGUGGGAGGAAAUAAUGUCGUUCCCAGAGCAAAGACGACCUAACAGGGUUAUUAGGAUGACAGUAUCAAUUAUGGAAAGAACUUUUUAUACUAGAAGAACAAAUGCUAAUGUAUUCUGGAAUCCCAGUUAUUAUGUCAGUGUAGUAUUUUGGAAUUGCUGGCCUUGGUUGAUUAAGAGCAAACAGCAGUUGCUGAUGUUUGGCAUUGCUGCUCUGAGGAUGGUCUGCGGCUUUUCUGGCAGCCAGUUUGCUGCAUGACACUUAGUUGUGUGGAGUAAUCCGUGAGUGAAUGGAAGAGACAAGGCUGGGUCAAGGCUGCUCUGAGUCAGCAGUGAGGUGAGGACCAGUGUCCUAUCCUAGUUCUGGGCAGCUGAUGGCGUGUGCACAGUUUUGACAAACAACCUUUGCUUUUUCUGAGUGUGUUUGCAGUGUGGAUAUCCAAAGAUAAAAAUACGUUGCGGGUAACAGUGUGAAAACAUUUUGCGGCCAAAAUAUCUGUCCCUACAAGGGCACGGUUAAGUAUUUCAAAUCCUACAGCUGUGGCUGGGUGCUGAAAAUCUGCUUCCAAUUCAUGUCGCUGCCUACAGGUGACUUGGAGAGGAGCUGAAAUUUCUCAGAGUACAUUUUCCUGAGAUUUUUCUUUUUCUCAUCCUCCCUCUAGGAAAAAUGGAGGCCAUUUUUUUGUGGGUGGCAGUGGUGGCGGCUGCCAUUUCCACCCUCAUGAAGUCCCAGGGUGUUGUAGAGGAUGCAAAAUGGCGGCGAGCUGCCAACAAACCAGUUUUCUUUGAGUUAAUGAAUAAAGCACCAAAGAAACUAAAAUAAAAGACAACCCUGAGCCUGUGAAAACAUUUUCUGUUUGUUUCAGGAUACUCAGUGGAAAAUGUACGCCAGUCGCGAAGAUGUUGGCUAUGAUUUUGAAGAGGAUUCCAAAGACAGGGAGAAGAAGCUUGUGGCGAAUCCAGAUGUUGAUGGUGGAUGGGCUUGGAUGAUUGUCCUUUCUUCUUUCCUGGUGCACAUACUCAUCAUGGGAUCACAAAUGGCCCUUGGUGUUCUCAACAUGGAAUGGCUUGACGAAUUCAGCCAAAGUCGAGGCCUGACAGCGUGGGUCAGCUCCCUUAGUAUGGGUAUAACCUUGAUUGUAGGUAGGUUCAUAAGCCACUCUAGAAGAAAUGGAUAUGCCCAAGAUCAGUUCCUGCAGAGAUAGAUACAUUUAUGGAUCAAAAUAUUUAGCAACAGUCCCUUAUAAAAUAUGAUACUGUUUGCCUAUGAUAAUCUCUGCCUGUCAUGACUCAUAUUGUCUCAGUUUCAUAUAUUGAUUAGAAAUAAGUAGAAGAGUUUGGAUUUGAUAUCCCGCCUUUCACUCCCCUUCAGGAGUCUCAAAGCGGCUAACAUUCUCCUUUUCCUUCCUCCCCCACAACAAACACUCUGUGAGGUGAGUGGGGCUGAGAGACUUCAAAGAAGUGUGACUAGCCCAAGGUCACCCAGCAGCUGCAUGUGGAGGAGCAGAGACGCGAACCCGGUUCCCCAGAUUACGAGACUACCGCUCUUAACCACUACACCACACUGCCUAGAUCUUUGAGAACCGAUGUUUAGCACUUAACAGUUUUGAACCGGUGGCCUAAUAUUUACUGAUCUUAUUGCUGGUAAUCAGUGGUUUCAGUGUGGUUAUCCUCGUGAACAGAAUAAACAAAGCUUUAGGAAAACAAUCCAUUCUUAAUGUUUUGGCACAGGUCCUUUUAUUGGUUUGUUCAUUAACACCUGCGGUUGCCGGAAGACAGCAAUAGUUGGAGGGAUCUUGACUGCUGUAGGAUGGAUACUGAGUUCCUAUGCCUCAAAUGUACAUUACCUCUUUAUAACGUUUGGGGUUACAGCUGGUAAGCAUGCAUUAGUUUUUGAAUAUGCUUUCGGAUUUUCAUUGUAGUAACUGAUCUGUAAGAACACAGAAUGCUAAAAUAAGCAAGCCUGAGUUUGCAAAGAGGCAGUCACCCUGACCUACAAUCCCUUCUAAGCACAGUAACUCCACCACAGACAUGUUCCUCAGCCUGUAAGAGUUUAUUCAUGCAUGUCAAUGGAGGAGGGUAGGUUUGUCCACACAAAACAGUGCACAUGAGAAGAUACCUCGCAUGUUGGAGGUCAAAAGUGACACGUAUGCAGCAUCUACAUAAGCACUUCAGAUUACCUGCAUAGAUACCUUAAUUCAGGUGAUGCAUGGUAUUUCAGAUUAGCUGGAAAGCCACAACCAACCUAAACAUUGAAUGUCUGUAUUUUGUUUCACAGCAAAUCAUACACCCCUGUCACACUUCUUGGGCAGAUGCCCACGUUGUACUUGUUGCUGCUGAUGUGAAAUGGCAAGUUUGUUUGUUUGUAUGUUUGUUUGUUUAUGUGCCUCCCCUAUAAAACAUUUUCAGGGUGGUUUGCAAAAUAUUUAAAAGCAGAAGAUGCAAUUACAAUAACAUAUAACAAUAAAAGAUGCAGUUUACCCAUAGCUCUUGGACAUGCUUUAAGAUUCCAACGUUCCCCUUUGUCUUUCCAAACUAAAAGUGCAAUGGUAAUUUGAAGGUGUGAUGCAAGCAUGUUUCCCCCCUCCAGUGUCCUUUUUUCAACAAUGCAGGCAAGGCAGCACUCAGAUUAACAGUUAAAUAAGACCAGUAUAACUGAAUGGCUGCAUUUGCAUGUCACAGCAAGCUAUAAACCAUCUGUUAUUGUGCAUCAGCAAAUCACUUCCCUCUUCUAUCCUCUCUACUACUUCCUGCUAGUGCACAGAGGGGGGAAACAACAAUCCCUAGCUGAGCAUUGUGUCUGAAACAGGGAUCAUGAUUUGUUUCACCCCAACCACAAAGAUCAACCAAGAUUUCUUCUUGGCUUACCAAUUGUGGUUUGCUUGAAUGCUGGUUUGGACAUAAUACGAAGCCGGGGAUCAUGGUUUCUUUUCUUUGCACACUAAGAGCAUGAUUUGCUCAUGCACAGUAAGUCAUGGAUUAUGGUUUGCCAUGAUGUGCAAAUAUGUUGAGCAUUUGACAAAAUCCCUUUGCUGGAAACAUAUACCGGUUAUUUCUCGUACAGAAUGCCUUAUGAAGAAUACAGCACUGUGGAACACAAAACGCUUGGUGUUACUUUCAGAAGCAUUGGAAUGAAUGUACAAAGCUUAGUGCAUCGCUCUAAAGCAGGGGUUCCCAAACUGGUCUGCAGACUACCACUGGUCCGCAAGCUUUACUCAGGUGGUCCAUGGCACGUCUGGGAAGAAUGGUGGAAGCAGUAGCUGUGAAUGGCAGGCACAAUUAUUAUUAUUAUUACUUACUAAAUUUGUCAAGGGACGCGGGUGGCGCUGUGGGUUAAACCACAGAGCCUAGGGUUUGCCGAUCGGAAGGUCGGCGGUUCGAACCCCCGCGACGGGGUGAGCUCCCGUUGCUCGAUCCCUGCUCCUGCAAGCCUAGCAGUUCAAAAGCACGUCAAAGUGCAAGUAGAUAAAUAGGUACCGCUCCGGCGGGAAGGUAAACGGCAUUUCCGUGCGCUGCUCUGGUUCUCCAGAAGCGGCUUAGUCAUGCUGGCCACAUGACCCGGAAGCUGUACGCCGGCUCCCUUGGCCAAUAAAGUGAGAUGAGCGCCGCAACCCCAGAGUCGGUCACGACUGGACCUAAUGGUCAGGGGUCCCUUUACCUUUACCUUAUUAAAUUUGUAUACCACCCUUCACCCAAAGAUCCUAGUUGCUGCUCCAUCGCUCUAAGAUCCCAGCGAUCUGCCCACAGGGCGAGUGGGAUGGACCAGGAUAGAAGGUGACUAGUGAUGUGAUAAGAUAAGAUAAGAUAAGAUAAGAUAAGAUGAUAAGAUACAGCACCUAGCACAGCAUGUUACAAUUGCUACAACAGGCAGAAAAAUCAUUACGUGUCAAGACCCUUGGCAAUUUCCAAGUGGUCCAUGGGGGGGAAAAGUUUCCUGGUCUAAAGGAACUAGAUAGAUAUUGGGGUCACCUAAAGUAUUGUGUCAUUUCAGGACAAUGUCUUCCUCUUUCACAUUGCUGAUCCUUGUGAGCAAUAUUCACUGGGAUUGAUUUGGGACACUGCAUCUUAAUCAUAUUUUAUUUGCUCUUUCUCAGAGUGGAUUUAUGGUUUUGAUAUUGAUAAUCUUUAAAGAACCUUUCCUCUGAAGGUGGCAUGACAGAGUGGCCCGGGCCAAUACAAAAGUUUCAUAGAACCAUAGAAUGUUAGAGUUGGAAGGGACCCCAAGUGAUAAACUCACUUGGCAUAUAAAACUUGGCAGGAACUCAUACAAAGUUGCUUAAAGCAAUAUAUUUGAGUGUGUGCCAUAGGUAGAAAGUUUAUGAUCUUGAUGAGGCUUCCUACUGAGUUAGCUACCAGUACUGUUCUGGCAGCUACAACCAAAAAAAGAGGAUAUUUUAGAACUGAAGAAGGUGCAAAAAUGGGCAACCAUUUUUGGUUAGAACAACUGCCCUACAAGGAAAUGUUCUGACUUUGGGGUUUUUUAAUUCAGAAGGAAAAUAAUAAUAAUAAUAAAUUUUAUUUAUACCCCGCCCUCCCCAGCCAAGGCCGGGCUCAGGGCGGCUAACAACCAAUAAUAAAAACGAAUUGAAUGAAUACAACUUAAAAACAAGAUUAAAAUACAACAUUAAAACAAUUAAAAUGCAGCCUCAUCACAGGAGGAGAAAGGAAAAAGAAAGAGGGGGAAGGAAUCAAAUUGACUCCAAGCCAAAGGCCAGGCGGAACAACUCUGUCUUACAGGCCCUGCGGAACAAUAUGCUACAUGGUAGAGGUUUAUAAUUAUCACGUGCGGCAUUUGACAAAGCUUUACAUUAAAUUAAUUUAGAUAGGCCUUGAACUGGCCUAUGCUCAUUGUGUUAAGACAGAUAAAAUUGUAGAUGUUUGCGGUCCCUUUAUGGAAGUGGGCAGGCAGCCUUCUGCACUCAGCUGUCUGACUAUGAGUGUGAGAGUAUAAAUAGAAGGGCAAAAAAGGGAACAGUAAACUUUGUUGCGUAUAGAUGAGAAAAUUGAUUUUGAGCUUGAAACACCACAAGGCUAUUAAUCAUCACAAGAGAUUUGGGUAUCUGAAGUGGAAAAAUCCAAACGACACCCCCUGCAGUAUUAAAAUACAAUGAUAAGAGAAAACAAAACAUUAUGACCCCAUUUAAUGGCAUACGGAAGAUGAAUUGGACUUCUCUUCUAUCUCCUGGUAGGGUUAUCCUGUUCAGUAGACCCAUAGCAGACCCAAUUAGAAUAAGAGGAGAAAUUCCAUAUUCAUUUUCAGCCUGGAAUGAGGGGCAGGUGGCAGGUGGAGAAGAAACCUUAGGAAUAAACUUCUUGUAAACUGACGACAUAAGCACAUUAGGUACUUAGAGACAGCAAAAACAUAUUCAGGCAGAAAGUAUAUGGUCCAUUAGUCUGCAAAUAUUUUCUUCUUUUCAUAGAUGAUGCCACAGUGUUGACAUAAGAGCAGAUUGUCUUUUCUGGGACACCCACUUAAACCAAUUAAGAAUUGUUUGAGCAUCAGUGAAAGCAGAACUCAGAGCAGUUUCAGCUCUCAUUUCAGAAAAGGAACAAUUUUAAAUACAGUAAAUAAACCUUUAAAGUAUAUGGCUGUGGUGGUUGUGGAAUGGAAGCCACAAAUUCAAUCCCUAGUUAUUAGUCCUGCAUGUGAGGUAACUUCUACCUUUAAGGGAAACCAUGUGUCUAAUAAAUCUGUGGCUUUUACCUGAAACACUGAUGAUAGAUCCCAUUCCAGCAUGCAUAAUACUAUUUUUGGAAUCAGGCUUUGGUGUUAGUUAAAUAGUCAUUCUGGCUUUGGAGGUUGAUAUGACUUGAGUUUGAGAUUAUGUAUGGUCUUUCUAGUGAUGGAGAUAAUUCGUUUAUUAAGCCCAGGUGACUAUAUUUAGGUCUGAUCUUACAGGUCUCAUGAAUUCAUGGCUUAUACUACUAUAGUAUCAGCUCUGGGAUACACAGCUAAGCCUCAGUAGGCUGAUUUAAACUUUGAUUUGUGGUGCUCAGAAUCAGCUGAGUGUGAUCUGUUAUUCCCAGUCUUUAUCACGACACAUUUCUACAACACAUAAAAGCUUUACAAAAUACGGCCAAAGCAUACUCCCAUGUCUGAUAGCAGCAUACAGUCACACCUUGUCAUCAUUUCUCAGCAUUCGAAACCAUACUGGAAUAAUAAUAAUAAUAAAUUUUAUUUAUAUCCCGCCCUCCCCAGCCAAAGCCAGGCUCAGGGCGGCUAACAACAAACAAAUAAUCAAACAAUCAAAUAAUCCAACAUUCUAAAACAUUUCACUGUAAAAAUUAAUUAAAAUCAAAUUAAUGGCAACCGUUAAGCAAAGUUCUGUGCAGGUUGCCAGAGGAGGGAGUCAGACUGGGCCCUGACCAAAGGCCUGGUGGAACAACUCUGUCUUGCAGGCCUUGCGGAAAGAUGUCAGGUCCCGCAGGGCCGUAGUCUCUUGUGACAGAGCAUUCCACCAGAUUGGAGCCGCAGCCGAGAAAGCCCUGGCUCUAGUUGAGGCCAGCCUAACCUCUCUGAGGCCUGGGACCUUCAGGAUGUUUUUAUUUGCAGACCGUAGGUUCCUCUGUGGGGCAUACCAGGAGAGGCGGUCCCGUAGGUACGAGGGUCCUAGGCCGUAUAGGGCUUUAAAGGUUAAAACCAGCACCUUAAACCUGAUCCUGUACUCCACCGGGAGCCAGUGCAGCUGGUAUAGUACCGGAUGAAUGUGAUCUCGCAGCGAAGACCCCAUAAGGAGUCUCGCCGCGGCAUUCUGCACCUGCUGGAGUUUCUGGGUCAGUCUCAAGGGCAGCCCCACGUAGAGCGAGUUACAAUAAUCCAGUCUGGAGGUGACCGUCGCGUGGAUCACAGUGGCUAGGUCAGGGCGAGAGAGAUAAGGGGCCAACUGCUUAGCUUGGCGGAGAUGAAAAAAUGCCGCCUUUGUUAUAGCUGUAAUCUGCGCCUCCAUAGAGAGGGAGGUAUCGAAGAUUACACCCAAACUCUUAACGGACGGUGCUGGCACUAAUUGCACCCCCGCAAGAGAUGGGAGUUGCCCCCCCAAUCCCAUAUCGUCCCGUCCCAGCCAGAGGACCUCUGUCUUCGAAGGAUUUAACUUCAACUGGCUUCCACGUAACCAUCCAGCCACAUCAAGCUGCUUAGCUUUGCAAAUGUGCUAGCAGUUUUAGUGCUGCACCACUAGGAUGCUUGUGGAAGCCUAUCCUUAACCCUUAGGUGAAGCCAUACUGGAUAAUAACGUUUGGGCUUUGUGUCAAUUUGCCUGCAUGUGUUAUGACUGCAGUCAAAGUUCUGCAGCUGAUUCAGGAAUCUCUCUUUUUCAGGUGUUGGGAGUGGGAUGGUAUACCUGCCUGCUGUGGUCAUGGUAGGCGAAUACUUUGAGAAGAGAAGAGCACUAGCCCAGGGACUCAGCACAACUGGGACGGGGUUCGGUGCUUUCCUGAUGACAGUUCUGCUGAAAUACCUUUGCAUGGAGUUUGGCUGGAGGAACGCAAUGUUCAUCCAGGGCGCGGUCUGUCUGAACCUGUGUGUUUGUGGAGCGCUCAUGAGACCAGUUUAUUACAAAGAGGAAACCGCUGAAAAAAGCGGAGAGGGAAACGUCAGCGAGAGCCAUGCAAAAGCUCUCUCUUGCUCUGCAGAAACACUGGCAUCUAAUGGCAUCUUACAGGAAGAGGCAAAAGAAGGGCAAGGUAAGGAGGAAAAGUCUGACAUUUUUUCAGACUUGGAAAACAAAGAUGUAACCAGACACUGGAAGAAUAUCUAUGCUCUUUGCGUGCUGAAGAGGGCGAGUCAGCUGACGCUUACAAUCCAGAAAGGCUUUCAGACCUGGUAUUCUAGUUACUUUGGCGCUGCAUCCCUCUUCACCAACAGAAAGUUUGCAGCCUUUGUGUUUUGGGCCUUAUUUGCAUACAGCACUUUUGUUAUCCCUUUUAUCCAUCUUCCGGAAAUAGUGAAGCAAUACGGUCUAUCUGCACAGAACGAUGUGUUCCCUUUGACCUCAAUUAUUGCCAUUGUCCACAUUCUUGGCAAGGUCAUCCUUGGCAUCAUUUCUGAUUCACCCUGCGUCAGUGCUUGGAAUGUCUUCAUGGCAGCCAACUUCACUCUCGUCUUCUGCAUUUUCAUUUUACCACUAAUGCACACAUAUGCUGGGCUCGCUGUGGUCUGUGCCCUAAUAGGAUUUUCCAGUGGGUAUUUUUCACUCAUGCCUGUUGUUACUGAAGAUUUAGUUGGGAUUAAGCACCUCGCAAAUGCCUAUGGAAUCAUCAUUUGUGCUAAUGGGAUUUCAGCACUCCUGGGACCACCUUUUGCAGGUAAAUGCAAAGUUUUGUUUGUCCAACUUUAUAGUCCAUGCGUGCUUUAUAGCUCCUAGAGGUCAUAGUGAGAGCCAGGGUGGUGUAGUAGUUAAGAGUGUUGGACUAGGACCUGGGAGACAUGAGUUAAGAUCCUCACACGGCCAUGAAGCUUGCUGGGUGGCCUUUGGCCAGUCACUGCCUCUCAGCCUAACCUACUUCACAGGGUUGUUGUGGGCAUUAAAUGAGGGCGGGGGGAGAACCAUGUGUACCGCCUCGAGUCCCUUGGAGGAAAAGGUGGGAUAUAAACACAAUAAAUAAAAUAAUUAGUGAAUCAUUGCAUGUCCAAUUACCAUUCGUUCUCACCCACUCCACGCCCUUCAUGGGCCACAUUCCUAGUCAACAAAUAUACCUUGUUACAUUCUUGAUUUUAAAGAAAGGAGCGCCUAGUGUGUUAGAAGUUGUUUGACAAGAUAACAUAAUGCUCACAGGGCAAAUUUGAAGAUGGAACUUCACCAACAUCUGCUUUCUCACAGAUGUCUAAUUUCAUUGGCUACCAGCCACUACCUCUGACCCUUUGUUGGCUGACUCUACCAGACCCUCUGGCUUACAGCAUACUUUUUUUCUUGGGGGAGUUUUGUGCAGAUGCAGACUAGAGUAAAUCAGAUACCAGUUAGUGUAAGGCAUAGCAACCACAAAGCCAUACAAUGCAUUGCAGAAUGGUUUCUAUGAAAGUUAAGAUGGAUGAAAGACAAAUGGAGGUGGGGAAAGAGACUGAGCAUAGUAUGAUACCAACAACUAUGCUAUGAGUAGAAUAAAUAAUGUUUUCUGUUCUUCACUGAUUGAUUGAUCAUAGCCUAUAGAUAACUGCCUUGCUCUUGUUUUCCAGGCUGGAUUUAUGACCUGACACAAAAAUAUGACUUUUCUUUCUACAUAUGUGGCUUGCUUUACAUGGUGGGAAUCCUCACUUUGCUCAUACAGCCUUGUAUUGGAAAGAUAAAGCCAUCACCGGCAAAAAACAGAGAAGGUGGAAAAGUAUAG